AUGAAAACCACACUUUUUAAUGGCCCAUAUAUUCCUGACAUUGAUGCUGGUUACAAUGUUCAGGUAAAUGGAAUUAGUGUUAACUUUCUUAAAAACCCGUUUUGCUUUAGAAACAAUACGACAGGAAUUAUAAAUUACUGUAUCAAAGAACUAAAACAUAUAAAUAUAAAUUCAGAGAAUACAAAAUCAUCAAAAUAUAUUAAUCAACAAAUGUAUAAUUGUGAGAAUAAUUUAACUAAUACAAAUUACAUAGAACUUCAUAAAAAUGACCAAGUUACAUAUGAUGGAAAUAAUAUUUAUUCUGAACAGAUUUAUAAAAAAUAA